AUGAUAUGUAUGCUAAACUUUCCAAAAAGAAUUUGUUUACGUGUAGAUAAUUGGAAAAAUGAAUGGAUCUACAGCAAGCAUCCAGGAAAAGAGUUUGGUAAAUUUGUACACUCGGCAGGCUCAUUUUACAACGAUGUAGAGGCCGACAAGGGUAUUCAAACAUCACAAGAUGCUCGUUUUUAUGCCUUAUCUAAGAAAGUUGAUGGUUUCUCAAAUGAUGGAAAGCCUUUAGUUGUCCAAUUCUCGGUGAAGCAUGAGCAGAAUAUUGAUUGUGGAGGAGGUUAUGUGAAACUCUUUGAUUGUUCAUUGGAUCAAACUGAUAUGCAUGGCGAGUCACCUUAUGAGAUCAUGUUUGGUCCAGAUAUCUGUGGACCUGGUACCAAGAAAGUACAUGUUAUCUUGAGCUACAAGGGCAAAAAUCAUUUGAUCAACAAGGAUAUCAGAUGCAAGGAUGAUGUUUACACUCAUUUUUACACUCUAAUUGUUAAGCCAGAUAAUACCUAUGAAGUAUUAAUUGAUAAUGAGAAAGUAGAGUCGGGCAACCUGGAAGAUGACUGGGACUUCUUGGCACCCAAGAAAAUAAAGGAUCCUAAUGCAAAGAAACCCGAAGAUUGGGACGAUAGGGCAACCAUUCCUGAUCCAGAUGAUAAAAAACCAGAAGACUGGGAAAAACCAGAGCACAUUCCCGACCCAGAUGCCACCAAGCCGGAGGACUGGGAUGAUGAAAUGGAUGGUGAAUGGGAGCCUCCAAUGGUCGAUAAUCCCGACUAUAAGGGCGAGUGGCAGCCGAAACAAUUGGAUAACCCCAACUACAAGGGAUCAUGGGAGCAUCCAGAAAUUAAUAAUCCCGAGUAUAGCCCAGAUUCUAAAAUCUACCUUCGCAAAGAGAUAUGCACAUUAGGCUUCGAUUUAUGGCAAGUAAAAUCUGGAACGAUUUUCGAUAACGUUCUCAUUACGGAUGAUGUGGAGUUAGCAUCUAAUGAGGCGGCUGCUGUUAAGAAUACACAAGCUGGUGAGAAGAAAAUGAAAGAACAGCAGGAUGAGGAGCAAAGAAAAAAGGAUGAAGAGAUUUCAAAGAAUAACGGGGAAAAAGAUGAGGAGGAUGAUGACGAUGAAGAUGAGGAUAGUAAUGACCAUAAGAAUGAGGCGGAGGAUAAUGGACACGAUGAGUUGUAAUCAGUAUCUGCAAAAACAUGUUAAAAUUUGUUUGUUAUUUAUGUCCAAACAAGCUUUACAUUAUUUAUGUAGGAUUACAAUUCGCAAGACUUAUAAUAUAAUUUAUUGAUAAAUGAUCUGCGUAAUAGUCGAAUAAAAACCAUUUGAAAAAA